AUGGGUUGGGUUUGCCGAGUCAUCCUCGUUUCGGGAGCUCUUGUGCUGGUUUUGGCCGCCUCGUUCUGCGGUGGCGUGGCUGCGUGCGUGGAGGCGGAGAGGCAGGCGUUGCUGUCCUUCCUCGCCGAGGCCGCGCCGCCGGCGGGCGACGGCAUCGUCGCCGAGUGGCGGGGGUCGCCGGACUGCUGCACGUGGGACGGCGUGGGGUGCGACGGCGGCGGCGCGGUCACGCGUCUGUGGCUGCCGCGGCGCGGGCUUGGCGGGACGGUCUCCCCGUCGGUGGGCGACCUCACCGCGCUCGUGCACCUCAACCUGUCCGGCAACAGCCUCACCGGUCAGUUCCCCGAGGUUCUGUUCUCCCUGCCCAAUGCCACCGUCGUCGACGUCAGCUACAACUGUCUCUCCGGCGAGCUGCCUAACGUGCCGGCGGCGGCGGUGGCUGGCAUUGCCCGCGGCGGGCUCUCGCUUCAGGUGCUCGACGUUUCGAGUAACCUCUUUGCGGGGAGGUUUCCGUCCGUGAUCUGGGAGCACACGCCGCGCCUCGUGUCGCUGAAUGCCAGCAACAACAGCUUCCAUGGCUCGAUCCCGUCCUUGUGCGUGAGCUGCCCGGAGCUGGCCGUUCUUGACCUCUCCGUGAACGGUCUCAGCGGGCCCAUCUCCCCCGGCUUCGGCAACUGCUCGCGGCUGCGCGUUUUCAGCGCCGGCCGCAACAACAUCACCGGCGAACUCCCCGGCGACCUCUUCGUCGUGAAGACGCUGCAGCGUCUGCAGCUCCCAUCAAAUCAGAUAGAAGGCCGGCUUGAUCUAGAGCGCAUCGCCAAGCUGACCAAUCUUGUCACGCUUGAUUUAAGCUACAACGUGCUCACCGGCGAAUUGCCGGAGUCGAUCAGCCAGAUCUCGAAGCUGGAGGAGCUUCGGCUCGCCAAUAACCACCUCACCGGAACGCUCCCGCCGGCGUUGAGCAACUGGGCCAGCCUCCGGUGCCUCAACCUCCGGUCGAACAGGUUCAUCGGGGACCUCACGCGCGUUGACUUCUCCGGCCUCGUCAACCUCACCAUCUUCGACGUGGACGCAAACAACUUCACCGGCAGCAUUCCGCCGAGCAUCUACUCCUGCACGGCGAUGAAGGCGAUGCGCUUCAGCCACAACCACAUGAGCGGUGGGCAGGUCGCGCCGGAGAUCGGCAACCUGAAAGAACUCCAGUUCUUGUCGUUGACCCUCGACUCCUUCGUCAACAUCAGCGGCAUGUUCUGGAACCUCAAGGGCUGCACCAACCUCACCGCGCUGCUCGUCUCGUACAACUUCCACGGCGAGGCGCUGCCGGACGCCGGCUGGGUCGGCGACCACAUCAAGAACGUCCGGGUCUUUGUGAUGGAGAACAGCGCGCUGACGGGCACGAUCCCGGCGUGGCUGUCGAAGCUGCAGGACCUCAGCAUCUUGAACCUCUCCGGCAACCGCCUCACCGGCCCGAUCCCGAGCUGGCUCGGAGGCAUGUCGAAGCUGUACUGCAUGGACCUGUCCGGCAACCUCCUGUCCGGGGAGAUACCGCCGUCGUUGAUGGAGAUGCGGCUGCUGACGUCCGAGCAGGCCAUGGCAGAGUUCAAUCCAGGCCAUCUCCCGCUCGUGUUCACCGUGAAGCCAGACAACAGAACAGACCAGCAGGGCCGUGGAUACUACCAGAUGCUGGGCAUUCCCACGACCCUCAACUUCAGCGACAACGCCAUCACCGGCACGAUCCCGCCGGAAGUCGGGAAGCUAAAGAUGCUCCAAGUGCUCGACGUCAGUUGCAACAACAUCUCCGGUGGCAUCCCGACGGAGCUAAGCAACCUGACCAGGCUGCAGAUUCUUGACUUGAACGGGAACCGCCUGUCGGGGACGAUCCCUCCGGUGCUCAACGAGCUCCACUUCCUCGCCGUCUUCAACGUCGCGUACAACAACCUCGAGGGGCCGAUCCCGACCGGCGGCCAGUUCGACGCGUUCCCGCCAAGGAGCUUCAAGGGGAACCCGAAGCUCUGUGGCCAGGUGAUCUCUGUCCCCUGUGGCAACAAAGUCGAGGGUAGAGACGACACUCCGUCCAAGCUCGUCGGGAAGAAGGUCCUGAUCGCCAUCGUUCUUGGAGUUUCCCUUGGCCUGGUUGCUCUCAUCGUCUUCCUCGGAUGCGUUGUGAUUACCGUCAGAAAGGUUAUGUGCAACGGAGCAGUUCUUGACGGUGGGAAACUCGUGGAGGCCCCCCAGUUCGACUCCACGUCGGAGCUCUACAAUGGCAGCUCCAAAGACACAACCUUUUUCAUGUCGGAGGUCGCCGACGGGGUGGCGAAGACCGUGACGUUCGUGGACGUCCUGAAUGCGACCAACAAUUUCAGCCCGUCAAACAUCAUCGGGUCGGGCGGGUACGGCCUGGUGUUCCUCGCCGAGCUCCAGGACGGCACCCGGCUCGCCGUGAAGAAGCUCAACGGCGACAUGUGUCUAGUGGAGCGAGAAUUCCAGGCGGAGGUGGAGGCGCUGUCCACGACGCGCCAUGAGAACCUCGUCCCGCUGCUGGGCUUCUGCAUCCGCGGGCGGCUGCGGCUGCUGAUCUACCCGUACAUGGCGAACGGCAGCCUCCACGACUGGCUGCACGAACGUCGCGCCGGCGACGCGGGCUCGGGCGCGGCGCCGCUGCUUCUGGACUGGCGCGCCAGGCUCAACAUCGCGCGCGGCGCCAGCCGCGGCGUGCUCUGCAUCCACGAGCAGUGCAAGCCCCAGAUCGUGCACCGCGACAUCAAGUCGAGCAACAUCCUCCUCGACGAGGCCGGCGAGGCCCGCGUCGCCGACUUCGGGCUGGCGCGCCUCAUCCUCCCCGACCGGACACACGUCACGACGGAGCUGGUCGGCACGCCGGGUUACAUCCCGCCGGAGUACGGCCAGGCGUGGGCCGCAACGCUGCGCGGCGACGUAUACAGCUUCGGAGUCGUGCUGCUUGAGCUCCUCACGGGGAGGCGGCCCGUCGAGACAUUGCCGCCGCCGCAGGGGCAGCAGCGGGAGCUCGUCCACUGGGUGCUCCAGAUGCGGUCGCAGGGGAGGCAUGCCGACGUGCUGGACCCGCGGCUGAGGGACAAGGGCGACGAGGCACAAAUGCUGAACGUUCUCGACCUCGCCUGCCUCUGCGUCGACUCGACGCCGUUGAGCCGGCCGGCGAUACAGGAUGUGGUCAGCUGGCUCGACAACGUCGACGCCAUUGGCAGAUCAGAUCUCUGAUC